AAUGUUACUUGUAUCGUCGAAUUCGUUCUAUAUUUGCAAGAACUAAACAUUGGAAAGAUUACGAUCCUUUUUUUCGUCAAAAAGAAGAUACCUUUAAAUCAUCGUUUAAUGCAAUUAUCGAAAUCGCGAAACGUAUUGACGAGUUAGUCUAUAUUCCAAAAUUACACGCAGAUAAUGAGAAAACAGACACUAGAAGAAUUAUUUUCCAUGAACUCGUCCAAAUAUCACUUUGGGGAAAUUCCACGGAUCUAUCUUUACUUACUAAUCUUAGUAAUGAUGAUAUUAAAAAAUUGCAAGAUCUCGGAACAAAGAAGUUAGAAGAAUUAGAGAAAAAUAUUUUAGCGAAUGAUUUAGAAAAAGCAUGGAAUUAUUUAUCAGAAAAUAGAUUCGAAUUAUACGCGGAUUUAGUUUUGUCAGACUGGCUAAUCCAAUCUGGAUACGCAAGAGAGGUUCAUUUACACGCUAAAAAAAUUCCAUGGUUUGUUUCAGAUACGACGCAGAAUGAUUUCAAUUGGCUCCUCCAAACUCUUCAGAGUGAAGAUUUCUUUUCAUCAGCCACUGAAAUAGAAAGAUCAUUUCUCAAAAAAUUUUCAAAUCGUUUGCAAUCUCACGUUGCUGAUUCGCGAUUAAUUCUUACUUCUGAUUAUUUUUGGACAUCACCAUACGCUUAUUGGCACUUGGCAGAACAAGCACCGGAUUUGUAUGCAGAUUUGUGUACAUCUAAUCUUGUAAUAUUUAAGGGAGACCUUAAUUAUAGGAAAUUGGUAUACGAUUGUAAAUGGAAAACUACUAUACCAUUUAAUGAGGCUAUUGGACCAUUAGCAAGCAUGAAAGGUUCACCACCCAUACUUGCCUUACGAACAAAUAAGGCAGAUGUUAUAGUUGGACUUGAAGAAGGAAUCGAGGAAAGAUUGACUGUUAAUGAAAAGGAUUGGAUGUAUUCCGGAAAAUAUGCU